ACCACCCCCACCCCGGGGCUCUCUCUCUCGCACACAGAUCUCACACACCCAUUUUUUAGAGAGAGAAAGUGCCAACCAAAGAAUUAGAAGGAAGACAUGGCUUCCACCGUUUUCAAGAAAGUGGGGAACGGAGGAGGGUCGUCGGAGAGUGGAGGGUCGUCGGAGAGUGGAGGUUCGGAGAGCGGAGCGGAAGAUAGAAGUGGUGGUGGUGGUGGUGGUUUUGUUCGAGUACUCGGGAUGGGUUUAUCAUCUGGAGGCAAAUACGUUGCUAUGUACAAGAGGGACCCUCAGGCGAGUCCUGGCAUUAAACCAAUCAGGAGGGGUGUCAUUGGGCACACACUUAUGGUGGAGGAGUUAGGACGUCGGAAUUUUAAUCACGGUGAUCUUUAUGUUCUAAGGUUUUACAAUCGGUUGGAUGAGACGAAAAAGGGAGAAAUUGCUUGUGCUAAAGCUGGAGAAGCCCGAAAAUGGAUGGAAGCAUUUGAUCAUGCGAAGCAACAGGCUGAGUUUGAGCUUUUAAGGGGUGGUAGCACCAGAAAUAAGCUGAACAAGGAGACAGAGAUUGAUCUUGAAGGACAUCGACCUAGGGUACGGCGAUAUGCACAUGGUCUGAAGAAGCUAAUAAGAAUAGGACAAGGGAAGCUGAAACUUCGGGAUAUGGUGAAGGAUCUCAAAUUGGUUACUUCUACAUUCAAAUUCCUUUUCUGUAUUGAUCAUAUAGAGAUGGCGGCUCAAUCACUCACCCCUUACAGAUGUCCUGAGACACUGUUGCGCCAAUCCUCAAGCUUGGGCGCUACUGCUAAAUCAGAUACGUACUUCGACGGAGCUGAUGGAGAUGUAAUCGAAGCACAUGAGUGGAAAUGCGUCCGUACAAUCAAUGGUGUUAGAUUCUUUGAGGAUGUGGCUGAGUCUAAGACUGGAGAAGUGAAUGAGUUGGGUGUAAAUGAUGAAGUACAGCUAAUAUCUUCUAGUCCUAGCCAACAAAUAACUUAUCUCAAACGGAUUUUCAUGUCUCUUGUGGUUUUCAGUUGGAAGGCAUUUGCAUAG